AUGGAUCUUCUAUCGCCUGUAGUCGGCCAUGCUUUUGACCCCGAUGUGGCGAUCGGGGCAGUCGUGAACGCCUUCUACACUUUGUUGUUGACGUCGUCUUAUUUUCACACUGUCUGGCCGGAAAGCAGUACGGUGCGAGAUGGCGAUAGCUUCGACUUCAUCAUAGUGGGAUGCGGCACCGCGGGGUCCGUGUUGAGCAACCGUCUCUCCGAGGUGGCGGACUGGCGGGUGCUGUGUAUCGAGGCUGGAGGGGACCCUGGCUUGAAAAGUGUGAUACCAGGUGCUUGGCCCCUGCUGACCCACGGGCCUAUGGACUGGGAUUACUACUCGGAGGCGGACGGGAAGGUGUCGCAGGCGCAGCGCGGCGGACGCACGACGCACACGGCCGGCAAGGUGCUGGGCGGGUGCUCCUCCAUCGGACAUCUUCUGAACGAGAGAGGGGCUGAGCGUGAUUACAGUGAAUGGGCUGGAAGUUCAAACCUUGACUUUGUGCAGAAGUAUUUCAAGAAGGCAGAAAAAAUGCUGGACAAAAACAUACUGACCGGCCCUACAGCCCAGUUCCAUUGCGAUGAAGGAGCCAUCAGUGCCAAGCCUCAGGAAAUCAAUAAUCUUUUAAGAGAAAAAAAUAACGUUAUGAUCAAAGCAUUCGAAGAAAUUGGCAUGAAUAUAAUUAACGAUCCUCUUAUUCCAUUCCCGAACGGCACAGGGGAAGCGUCCUAUAUGAUCACUGAAUACGCAGACAGAAGGGCGAGCACAGCAGAAGAAUACUUGCUACCAACUAAAGGCAGAAAGAAUCUAACCAUAUUGAAAAGAGCUCAUGUGACUAAAAUUAUAACUGAGAAUGGAGAAGCAAAAGGUGUAAUCGUGGAUACUAAAUUCCGUAAAAUUAAAAUAUAUGCAAAAGAGGUAAUUCUUUCAGCCGGAGUGUUUAAUUCACCGAAGAUAUUGAUGUUAUCCGGUAUAGGACCGCAGGAAGAUUUAGAGCGACUCGGUAUUCCGGUAGUCAAAGAUUUACCAGUAGGGCACGGGUUUCAGGAUCAAGUAUUUGCCCCUAUAUUGAUCACUGGAAAAACCGAUUUGACAUCUAGUAUAACGACGUUGCUGUCUACGAAUUUGGGUUCCUUCCCGGGGCCGCUAGUCGCCGGCGAUUUUACUUCUUCAUCGGGUGAUUUAGAUCUGGCACACUACAGCUUAGCAUUCGGCUCUUUGAAUCCAUUAUUUUUCUACGUGAUGUUUGUGAAUUUAAAUUAUAACUUAAAGGUUACUAAACACUUCUUCCUCACUCAGCCUCAAAAAGAGAGGGUGUUGAUUUUAGCUACCUUGAAGAAGCCAAAAUCUAGAGGAAGAGUAACUCUCCGAAGCUCAGAUCCUAAGGAUCCGCCAAUGAUUUAUAAUAAUUACUACUCUGAUGAAAGUGACGUGGAGAGAAUGGUAGAGGCUGUUAGGAAAUUAGUGAAAGUUAAAGACACGUCAUACUUCAAGAAAAAUGGAGGUAGGUUAGUCCGACCACCGCUGCCAGAGUGUGAUGACCUGGUGUUUGACAGUGACGAGUACUGGGCUUGUUACGUGAAGAGCCUGGCGUCCUCGUUGUACCACAGCACGAGCUCGUGCGCUAGGGGGGCGGUGGUGGACGAGGAGCUGAAGGUGCGGGGCGUGAGGGGCUUGCGGGUGGUGGACGCAAGCGUGCUGCCGACGGAGCCCGGCGCGGCCACGCUGCUGCCGACCGUCGUGAUCGCUGAGAACGCCGCUGAUAUCAUUAAAGGAGAAUACGGGAAGACUGAGGGAUACAAACAGUUUCCCUGUGACUGAAAACCUAAUAAAAUGUGAAAUAAUUUUUAAUGUAGGUACAUAUGUAGCCCAACAUUAUUUAGGUAACUAACUCCGUCCGUAUAAGAUAAAUAACAAACAUACAUACAAUCACGUCUGUAUCCCAUAAAGGGGUAGACAGAGCACAUGAACUACUCAAGUUUCAGUGCCACUCUUGGCAAAAGGGGAUUGAAAGAACACGAAAUUGUGUGUGGUGGUUGUGGAAGUGUGAAAUUGUGAAAUUGAGACUCGUUCGGUCGUGUUUUAAUUUAUCGCCACCCGUUUCGAACUUCCUUUUUUACGCACUUGUAUCGUAAUGUACUAUUGUAUGUCAGAUGGCAGUGUAAAUAAUUGAUUAUCAAUAUGACCAUAAUAAUUAUAAAUAAGUAACUUAAGUACCUAAGCAUACAAUGAAAAUUAUACCAAUGCUUAGCUGUUAGGCAAAAAAACUAGAAACUAAGAAGUAGCAACAUCGUAGUGUUGUCCCGUUUUUAGGGUUCCGUAGUCAACUAGGAACCCUUAUAGUUUCGCCAUGU